AUGCCGAAUUAUCUUUAUGAAAAGCUGAUUUUAUGUGCUUUAGAUACUCCAAUUACAGUAUUGCAGCCUAGUCGUUUCGCUCAGUUUACGCAUAAUCGAUCACCAUAUGCGGCUCAAAUCUCCAACAGAAGAUCUUCCCUAAAUGCUUCUAUGAUUCCCGAUACCGCUACCCCAUAUUUUUCCCUGAAAGGAUCGAGGAUGCUGCAAGGUUAUAAUAUCAGCCCAACCACGACCCCGUCGGAAAAUGCUGCGCGGACGAUCAGUGAUGCUGCUCUGCUCAACGAUAAUCAGAUAUCGCGUGUCUAGUGUACAGUGCUCGUCGUGUUCCUCCUUCAACUUACAAAUACAGUAUAUUACAUGCUGGAUUGAUCCAGCGGCAGGUGCGCAUAUACGGUUCCACUUCGCUUCUACUUAUCUGCUCGCAGCUACGCGUUGUUGUCCUCAAACCGCUUAACUGUUUUGUUUACCAAAGUUACCUCAACCUACCAAAAUAGCUCGAUGAAAUGGAGAUUAUAGCAUAGGCCAGAAAUGCAGUGUUUUUCUGUAUUUUAAUAUUGUGGAUAGAUGGGUUAUAGCCUUGAAUUGUGAAAUGAAUGUGAUCUUCUCUGUGUAUGAUUUAUGAACUCUGCUUGGAACGUUCAAAUUCCCGACUCUUGCCAUUUCCUAAGCACAAACUUUGUUUUUCAUGUUUUACUAGGGACCAUAGGUAUUGUUGCUCACCUCUUCUGUGCAUAUUGAUGAAUUAUUUGUAAUCAUAAUAUCAUACACUGGCCAUUGCUCUAUACCUGAAUGCAUAUAAUACAACCUGAAUAUCAAACGUUGAUCUGAUCAUAAUGCGUUUGUGUUUUUUCCUUCAAAUGCAUUAUCUAUAAUUUUGCUUGUAACUAAUAUAUAUGUUGUAUAACUGAAUGCUAUGAAAUCUUGUCAUUUCUAAAGUUCAAAUAAAAGAUA